AUGGACUCCAAUCCGUCCAUCGUGGCCAAGCUUGAUGCCUUCGUGGCAGAGCUCCUGGCCGACUGGAACAUCUACACUACUCUGAUCGCCGGCGGCAUUGUCGCUUUCCUCGUCUUCUCCUUCGUCACCUCGAAAGAUUCCGAUAUUCACCCUUUUCUACUCGCUCGCCAAUCGACCGCUUUUCCCGUGCGACAGCCCGGUGAAACUGCUCAAUACCGCAGUCUAGAGACUCCUCACGGUUUCCCCCUCCGAUCCGGACUCAACGUCAAGGACCCCGGCGCUCCGAGAUGGACAAGCGGUCGCAAGGGUGAUCUGCGCGAUGUUUGGAAGGCCGCCGUGCGAGGUGCAGUGGGAGAGGAUGGCAAGGGCUCUGGUAAACAAGGAAAGAUCUAUACUGUGCUCGGCAGAAAAGCAAUCGAACAUUCGUUAGAGCAAGUUACCCAAGAAAUCAAUGUCAUCGGAAGUCGUUUGCAGUCCUCCAAGGUGAACACGGUCGCCAUCUGUCUGACAGACUCGGUUGAGCUUCUGGCUGCUAUCUUCGCGGGCGCUUUCUACGGACUCAAGACAAUUAUCAUCCCCCAUAACUUGGAGGCCGAGUCUCUAUCGACUCUUCUGAAGGAGUCCGAAGCGGAGGCUCUUAUCGCGGAAGCCGGCGCUCUUGAUCUGUCUCUCGUCGCCAAGGGUAAUGAUCAGCUCUCGCAGGUCAUCUGGGUCGCGAAACUCGGAAGCAGGCACAUGGACUGGAACGAUGUCCCCGAAGAUGUCAAGGGCACUCUGGAGGUGAAUGUUUGGCACGAGCUGGUGGAAGAAAAGAAGGACCUUGCCGGUCUUGAAGUUCCCAGCUGGGACCCCAGUUCUCCUGCGCCUUCGCUCACCACUGUCUGGCCAUCCAAGUCCUCCGCAGGCGAGUUCAUCGAAUAUCAAUCAGAAAACUUGGUUGCGGGUAUUGCUGGAAUCAUGUUCUCCCUCCCUCGUCCUCAGCGGUUGAGCUCCAACGAUCUCGUUCUCUCGAUUGAUUCCCUUUCGCGGUCAUACCCUCUGUGUCAGAUCAUGGCUGCACUGUACUCGAAUGCGUCUGUUGCCCUCAACUCGGUUGCUGGAGAGAGCGUCGACUUCGCUCUCGCCACUGUUGGAUUGUCUCCGACAGUCAUCAUUGCUUCUUCGCGCACCAUGUCUGAAUAUCACAGCAAAUUCAUGAAGCCGCACUCUGGGUUUAUUUCUCUCUUUUCUCGCUGGAUCCAGGUACGAAGCCUGGAUUCUGGUUACAUGCCCUCGCAUGGUGUGCUGAACCAGGUGGCCAACGUCGGGCCGACCGCUGAACUCUCGCUCGAUAAGCUGCGUCUGUUGUGCAUUUCGCACCGUGUUGAUGCCGAUCGUGAGGCUCAGCUGGACUAUGAGCAACUCGCAGACUUGCGUAUCCUCACUGGAGCACGCGUGGUGUACGCCCUGACCGGUCCUGGAGUUGCUGGUGCUGUCUUCCAAACCAAUGUUUUCGACUAUCGCCGCUUCCAAGGCUCGAGCCACUUUGGUGCACCUCUGAGCAGUGUCGAAGUUGUGCUGACUGGUGUGUCGGGUGAUGAGGCAAACGAGCAGGGCCAGAUUACCGUAUCCGGUCCUUCUGUCAUCUCUGGCAAGACCACUCUGGAAGGACGUGCUCGCAUUCGCGAUGAUAACACCUUUGAGCUCCUUCCCUAG